CACCUGCUACCACAACUACAACAGCUGCUCCUGUUACCACAACUACAACAGCUGCUCCUGCUACCACAACUACAACAGCUGCACCUGCAACAACUGCAACAACUACUGCUGUUCCAUCUACUCUUUCUACUACUACCACAGCAGCUGCAAGUGCAACAAUCCCAGACACUGGAUGUCCCGCUCCUUUCUUGAGGACGGACAAUGCCAACAUGGCUGGUGGAUCUCUGAUUGCUAAUAUCGUCACCAUAGAAACCUGCAAACAACAAUGUCUUAUAAUGGCUGAUUGCAUGGCUAUUGACUUCAACACCGGCCUCAACCAGUGCUACAUGCACACCGAUGCUACCCUCGGCAUCCUCAACAUGAAUGUCCAGAAUGUCGUUCACUUCAGAAAGACUGCCUGUGCACAAAACGCUGGUCUGCCAAGCGGUUACCUGUCCGUUAGCUCCGGAUAUCACGUCUUAAGUGGAACCAAACAGAGCGGUACCUUCACCCUUGACUCUUGCCUAUCCGCCUGCACAGCCUCCACAACCUGCCUCGCCGUGGAUUACAACGCUGAAGGAAGCUGUUGGUUCCACACCAACGUCACCUCUUGCAACGCCCUCGUCUCCAAAGCGUUCUGUCAACACUACAAGAGAAUCGAAUGUUUCAGCGGUUCUCCUGCCAUUGGACCAGUUCCACCAACUGGAUACACAUCCUUCAUCACUGGUUACCAUAUCUUCGGAGCAACACCACUGAGUGGCAUCUACAGCUUGUCCGGCUGUCUGGCCGCUUGUACUGCUGACGGUAGUUGUAUGGCUGUUGACUAUAAUGCCGGAGAGGGCACCUGCUGGCCACAUACCCUCACUACAUCCUGCAACACCCUCUACCAGAAGAAUCUCUGUGCCCAUUACAAGAAAACUAGCUGCACAACAAGGCAGUUUAUACCAGGAUUUGGUAGUAUAUAGGAGACAAAUGAGGAUUUUUACAAACAAUCAAGCAGGGCAGUAUCAACCAUACAGAGUGCUUCAAUGAUUCAAAUCUACAUUUAAUAACUUGAAAACUAUUUUAUGAAUAUAUUUUGCAAUGAACAUUAAAACUAUGUUUGUUAUUUGUUACUUGUUAAUUUGGUUAAACGAAAAAAACAAAACAAAUUGAUAGUAUUUAAAGCAGACUCUCAGAGAUGCAGAUACAAUUUAUUGUUUUUAAACUUGGUAAUUAUCAGAGUAAGGUUUCUCACAUAAAAUGGCCAAACUUUGACUUCUGAUCUAGAACACUGGAAAAAUAUUCAAAUGAUCGCGCGAGGAAAUGUUCUAAAAGCAAGGUGCGCUCCUCGGAUUUCUGAUGAGCUUUGAGGCCAGCACUACUGAGCCACUCUGCUUUGACACCUAAUCUGUACGUAUACAGACCUCGUAGCUAGACUUCCACCAACGCGAACAUUAGUUAUGAGCUCGUGAACUACAUUCCUUGCGCUCGAACCACGAUUCUCACGUCCCGAACGUGAAAUCUUUUGUCGUGCACCACCAUUUCGAUCAGUUGUGUGGCUCGCUAGCACGGAUCUCUGUUUGCGAGUGGAGAAAUAUGUUUGGGACCGAGGAAAUGGUGGUGCACGACGUAAUUUGUAUUUUUUUCGAGUUUUAUACAUGCUAUGUUUGAA